AUGGACGCUGAACACUUCACGUCCCACAAUAGGAACUUUCCAAAGAAGAAGUGCGGCGUGCUCGGUGCGACGGGCUCCGUCGGCCAGCGCUUCAUCCUCCUGCUCCAGCUCCACCCGCACUUCGUCCUCCACGCCGUGGGCGCGUCUGAACGUUCAGCUGGCAAGAAAUACAGGGAUGCGGUGCAAUGGAAGCAGGCUCUCCCACACUCAGAGCGCAUUGGCGAUCUCGUGGUGAAGAAAUGCGUUCCGGAGGAGUUCCAGGACUGCGAUCUGGUUUUCUCGGGCCUAGACAGCAGCGUAGCCGGAGAUGUUGAGAUGGCUUUCCUGAAGGCGAACCUCGCAGUCUUCUCCAACGCGAAGAACUACCGCCGAGACCCGCUCGUUCCGCUCGUCGUCCCUACGGUCAACCUCUCCCAUCUCGACGUCAUCCCGCACCAGAGGAAGCGCCAUGGCUUGCACAAAGGCUUCUUGGUCUGCAACUCGAACUGCGCGGUCAUCGGCAUUGUCAUUCCAUUCGCCGCUCUCCAAGCCAGGUUCGGCCCUGUAGAUCAAGUCUCGGUCGUCACAAUGCAGGCAGUCUCCGGCGCAGGCUACCCCGGAGUUAGUAGCAUGGACAUCAUCGACAACGUGGUGCCCUUCAUAUCAGGCGAGGAAGACAAACUGGAGACGGAGGCACAGAAGAUCCUAGGCAGCGUCAAUGGCGAGGUCUCGGGAUUCGUGGAUCAGCCCAUGAGGGUGUCUGCGGCAUGCAAUCGGGUCUCUGUUCUCGACGGGCACACAGCCUGCGUCUCGCUGCGCUUCGAGCGACGACCUCCACCGAGCGCCGAGGAAGUCAAGCAGGCAAUGAGGGAGUACGUUUCAGAUGUCCAAAAGCUGGGGUGCCCAUCUGCUCCCGAGAAAGCUAUCGUGGUGAUGGAUGCGCCAGACCGCCCGCAACCCAGGUUGGACCGAGAGACAGAUAGGGGCUAUGCGGUCAGCGUAGGACGUAUCAGGGAAGACGAGGCCGGCAUCUUUGACAUCAAGUUUGUCGCGCUCAGUCAUAACACGGUCAUUGGAGCGGCCGGCUCGUCGAUAUUGAAUGCGGAGGCGGCGGUGCUGAAGGGUUUCGCAUAA